UGCGCACUCUUUCUCGUUCUCUUUGCUAGCUUCUUCGCCAUGGCGCCCAUUCAGAAGAAGCAGAACAGUGGUAAAGGUGGCAAGAAGAAGAAGCAGGUCCUUAAAUUCACGUUGGACUGCACCCACCCGGUGGAAGAUGGCAUCAUGGAUGCUGCUAACUUUGAGCAGUUCCUCCAGGAGCGCAUCAAGGUGAACGGUAAAGCUGGCAACCUUGGUGGAGGUGUGGUGUCCAUCGAGAGGAGCAAGAGUAAGAUCACCGUGUCCUCAGAGGUGCCCUUCUCUAAAAGAUAUCUGAAGUACCUGACCAAGAAGUACCUGAAGAAGAACAAUCUUCGCGACUGGCUGCGCGUGGUGGCCAACACCAAGGAGAGCUACGAGCUACGCUACUUCCAGAUCAACCAGGAUGAAGAGGAGGAGGAAGACGAAGAUUGAGUUCAGAUUUUGUACAUUGAAAUAAAUGUUUUCAGUCAU